UGAUAUCUUUAAACCCUUUGUUGCCCUCUCCGGCUCUUCUGACUCCUUCGCACCCCUCACUGUCCUUGCUCAUCCCUUCACUUACAACAUGGACAUCACCGAGACAGUCAACAUGAUGGCCACGCAAGAAGAGCCAGCCUCUUUUACAAUUCCCUCUGACGCGAAGUCUCCAAUCACUGUCAAGGAAGAGAGUACCCCUGCCAUUAAUGAAGAAGGAACCUCACCGACCGCCAAAGAGAAGAAGCCGAAGAAGGAGAAACCGAAGAAGGAGAAGGCCCCUGCGGCGCCCAAGCAACCAGCACUACCAUUCCAUGAGCAGCUCGGUCAGCGCCUCACUGAGCAGAGCCGCGAGGCGACUAUUCCAAGUCCAGCAAAACAUCCAAGCCACUCGUCUUCAAGAGUUAACUCUGCACAAAAUGGACGCCAAAGCUCAUCUGGGCUGCUGUUGCCCAGCUCACUGGCCACACGUCUACGUAACCGCAGUCGAAGUCGAAGUCCUGGCCCGAUGAACCCCAACGAUGGUAAUAACAGCGACACAAGCGUGAGCACAGGCUCGAUGUCUGAAAUUGAGGCAAGAGACCCCGCAAUCAAUACCAGCCUCAAAGAUAGCCUCUACAAUCUUGACGACUUCAGGCGUCUGGAAGCUAUCAAUCGGCUUAUUGCUCAAUACGGCACAGUGUCGCACAUGAGUGUUCGUGAUCCAAGCUACAGCUUCUGGGUGAACAAGUCAAGAACUGCUGCCGUUCACUUCAAACUCUUGAACAAAGUCGCCGUAUUAGCUGGAGAUCCGCUGUGCCCUGAGGCGGCCAUGCCAGCCACCCUCGAGGAGUUUGAGAGAUAUUGUCGGAAGGCCAGAUGGAAGACUUCAGUGAUAGGCGCCAGUGCUGGCUUGAUGCAAGUUGCAAAGUUAAAGGGAUGGCCUAUCAUGCGCUUCGGCACCGAGAAAGUCCUCAAUCCUGUCACCAACGAGGUCUUGCUGGGCAAGAGUGGAAAGAGAACUGUAGUACAGUGUCGCCAGCUACUAGACCCCACCAAGGGUGGGUUGACGUUGCACAUUUAUGUCCCUGAACGUGGUCGCGAUCCUGUCCUCGAAGCGGAGCUGACGAAACUUUACGACACAUGGCGGGAAGACCGAAAUACGAGCCGUGACUGUCAGGCAUUCAUCACCGUCUUCGAGAUGUUCGCACUCCCCAACCUCAUGACAUUCAUUUACACGCGAACAAAAGAAGGGGCUGUCAACGGUUUCGCAGCGCUGCGCAGAAUGGGCACGACAGGCUAUCACAUUGAUCCCUUCAUUCAGUCAGCAGAUGCCCCGCGAGGCACUUCUGAUCUGCUGAUAUAUGCCUCUCUUGCCCAUCUUCAUGCGCUAGACAUCUCUUAUCUCGGAAUUGGCCACGAGCCAGUUGCGGAGCCCGAUGAGCUUUACAAUAUGAGCUCUCUCGUCAUCAAUGCCACUCGCCGGAUAUACAAACACAUAUUUGGCCGCCUACCCGUUGGCGGGAAGGAGACAUUCAAUUCGCGCUGGAAGCCCGAUGAAGCCCAGGAGGCUGGUUUGUAUCUAAUUUUUGUCGGCAAGAAAACCCCCAGCCCUAAGCAUCUCCUCGCCAUGACACAUUUUGCCAACAUCAGCCUGCGGAACGUGGUAAAGGCCGACUGGAAGGAUCUCAAGCAGGAGGUUAGCAAAAACAUUCGCGCACCAGUCCCAGACCCCGGCCUUGUAGCCCAGGGCAGCACCAACAUCUUCAUUGACUUGGAAGGCCACAGGCCAACCAUGAUGAAGAGUGUCAGUUCACCUGCAGCUAUGUAGUUUCAGGUCAUGAAGAGUUCGAGCCGGUAUCAGAAUUGAAGCAUACUAUUUCAAGCCCUUUCGUACAAUAGAUAUACCCAUUUCUCCA